AUGUCCACAAACACCCCCUUCACAACAGCCCUCCUCGCAGGCGCCCUCGCCGGCACGACCGUCGACCUCACCCUCUUCCCCCUCGACACCCUCAAGACCCGCCUGCAAUCCUCCGCCGGCUUCUUCCCGUCGGGCGGCUUCAACGGCAUAUACCGGGGCAUCGGCUCCGCGCUGGUCGGCUCGGCCCCGGGGGCCGCCUUCUUCUUCUGCACCUACGAGGGCGCCAAGACCUUCAUCUCUUCUCGUCUAGUGUCCGCCGACGGCGCCAACGCGCAGUGGGCCGCGCCGCUGAGCCACAUGCUCGCGGCGUCGCUGGGCGAGGUGGCCGCGUGCGCGGUGCGCGUGCCGACGGAGGUGGUCAAGCAGCGCGCGCAGGCGGGACAGCACGGCGGCUCGUCGGCGGCGGCGCUGCGGGGGAUUCUGGGGCUGUACGGGACGGGGGCGGGCGUGGCCGGGGUGUGGAGGGAGCUGUACCGCGGGUGGAGCAUCACGGUGCUGCGGGAGGUGCCGUUCACGAUCAUCCAGUUCCCGCUGUGGGAGAGGCUGAAGCGGUGGGGGCGGGAGAGGAAGCAGAGCAAGAACUGGAAGCUGGGCGGCGCGCCGCAGACGGAGUAUGAGGUCUCGGCGGUCGAGAGCGCGUUGUACGGGAGCGUGGCGGGCGCGGCGGCGGCGGGUAUCACGACGCCGCUGGACGUGUUGAAGACGCGGGUCAUGCUGAGCAAGCAGAAGGUCAGCGUGGGGGAUGUGUUGAGGGAGAUUUAUCGGGAUCACGGGGUGCGGCCGUUUUUUGCGGGUAUCGGGCCGAGGGUUAUGUGGAUUAGCAUCGGAGGCGCGAUCUUCUUGGGAAGUUAUCAGUUCGCGGCGAACACGCUCACCGGGGCGGUGUUGUGA